AUGUUUGCCAAUGCAGCUCGCCAAGUUGGGUCAACUGCCAAUCAAUUUAGAUGGGUUGGGCCCGCUGCAGUUGGGAUCGGUGGUUGCAUCCCAGCUUACUUUGUUUACGACCAUUACGACACACAGCGACAAGCAAAGACAUACGAGAAGCUGGUCAGGGACAGGUGCUACCUGGACAUCGGCAUCGGCAAUCGCUAUGCCGGGCGCAUCAUCGUGGGCUUGUACUCAGACACCGUUCCUUUGACAUGUGAGAACUUCGUUCAGCUGUGCAAAGGCUACCGAAUCAAGGAGCGCAUCAUUGGUUACCAGAACACGAACAUCCACUUGAUCAAGUCGGGCUGUGCCAUAGCAGGUGGUGAUGUCUUGGACGGCACGGGAAGAACCCGUGGACUGAGUAUAUACGGAGAGGCGUUUCCAGACGAGAACUUCGAGAUCAGUUUCCUGCGUGAUGGUGAUUUAGCAAUGUGCAAUUGGGGCAAGAAUACCAACUCCUCCAUUUGGAUGAUUACGUUAUCGCAACAGAGAGCCUUCACAAACCAUCACGUUUGCUUCGGCACGGUCAUCAAAGGCAUGCGGGUGGUGAGGGAGAUCGGUGAACUGGGGACCAGAGUCGGCCGCCCAGCUGUGCCCAUCCGAAUCGUCCAGUGCGGCGUCUUGGAGGAUGGGAAAGAACCUCCUCCUCCACCGUCAGUAGAGCUUGAAGAUGACACUGCUCCAUUGAUGACAGAGGACGAGUUCAGAUCGAUCAGCGUGAGUGCGCUCGAUUUUGCUUUGCCUCUUUUGGCUCGAGCACACAGGCUGCUCUUUAGUUCGCUUUUUUUGAUGAUGUCGAAGGGUAGCGUCUACAAACGUCCGGUGCUCCUUGCACUUGCAGCCGCAGCGUGGCUGGCAUGCAGCGUUCAGAAGACGCUGGACUUUGUUGGUGUCAGUCCGUCAACACGUGAGCCUGCUUUGUCAGCCAGGCGGAUCUCCGUGACAGGAUCCCACAAGGAGGUUAUCAGAGGCUCGGACGAGUGGAAGGACUCCAUGAUGAACAAGUGGUGGUGGCAGAAGGAAGGCUACAUGACAGAGUUUGGGUACAAGGAGAAUCCGAACUGGAACCCCUAUGACUACAAACUAGCCGAAAGAGAGAUGCGCUUCGCGUAUGCCGAGAAGAUCCUCAUGAAUGAGUUGAGAGAGAGGGGAAUGACUGACGAAGAGAUCCGGCAGAAGGCCUCCGUCUUCGAGUUUGUUGAGGGGGAGAAGCAGCCCAAGUUGACAAAGAAGAUGCAGUUCCUGCUGCAAAUCAAAUAUCUGCAUGAAGGAAGAGAGGGAGAGCUCAUCGACUUGGCGGAGGAGAUCGAGAAGUCACCGCCCUCCUUCAGCUACUCCGGUGAGCCAGACGCAGACGUCUACUUGUCCCUGGACUGGCCCGGCAUCAUGCGCUGA